CCGGGGGCAGCUGCUGUUGGUCAGACGUGCAGUCAACCAGAGCCACAGUUCGGCUGCAAGAGAGCCACAUUUUACUGUAAAGUGUAUUUCUUCCUCCAAAUACUUUCUUCCUCGGUGUAACUAACGUUAGCAUAGCCUCAUGAACUUUAACAUGUACCACUCGGAUAAACCGGCGCGCCGCCCGCCGCCAUUCGGACCUCCAGUACCCCGUGGUCCUCCAUUCGGAUUCGGGGGACCCUGCUCUGUUCCUCCACCCGGACACCUACCCACAAGACCCUUCGGACCUUUCUCGGCCUCAGCACCGGAUAGCUAUUAUCUCCGCAACACGCAGCCAAGAGGACAUUUCAUGAGACCCCACUGUAGCAGCUUCUCCAUAGACCGUAGUACAGUGAUUGCUUUGGGAGGCAGCCAGCAGAUCAUCCCUCCUGCAGAACCACCACACCAUCAGGUCCCACAGUGGAGUCCCUCCCCUGUGGAACAUCACCCUUCAGUCAAUAGUGACCGAGCUGGUGAGGAAUUCCUGAGAUGCAUUGCAGACAACAAACCUCUCCCAGACUAUCUCAAAGGGAACAUGGCAUACAACCUGGCUGAUGCAUUUAAGUCAGCCAAUGUUCUAAAAGAAGCGGUCAAGUCAGAUCUUAAGUACCAGACGCAUGUGGUCAAGAGCAAGAGCCGUAGUCGAAGCCGAAGUCGUGGAAGAAGCCGUGGAAGAAGCCGUGGCAGGUCUCGAGCCAAAAGUCAAGCACGAAGCAAAAGCCGAGCACGAAGCAAAAGCAGAGGAAGGAGCAAAAGUCGUGUUCGUGGGAAGAGUCGCGCAAGAAGCAAAAGCCGGCCUCGAAGUAGGAGUCGGAGCCGCAGCAGAGGCAAGACGACCAGCCAUGUACGGAGCAAGAGCCGAGCCCGAAGGUCCAAGUCACGAAGUGGCAGUAGUGAGAACAACAGUGGCAAUGACAAAAAGAGAAAGAGGAGCCCCGACCACAGCGGCAGCAGCAGUAAUAUCCUCACAGGGAGCAGUCUGUUGGAAGGACUGAAGAUGGUCAUGAACAGCAAGGAGCUGGAAGCACGUCUGCCCACUCUUAAAGAUGCCAUCCUCACAAUUAAGGCCUCAGAUGAAAGGAAAAGCGUUGGCUGUGUGUCCACUAUGCGUCAGCAACUUGACAAUCAGGACGAUUCCACAUCGCUGGAGAACGACAGCAUGCUGCUUCCCCAUGACAGAGUAGUCAGUGACUUCUCUUGGCUCCAAGGGAAUAGUCAGGAGGACUUUUCAAACCAGAGAGCAAAUGAGCUUGAAGAUGAAGAGUCGUUCUUGUAUGGGAAUCAGUGCUCGUCCCAGAUUGGAGGACAGGACAAGCUACAGAAAGUGGCUGCUCCUGGCAGUCAGCAGCUUCAACAGAGCACGUCCUUAUUCAGUAGCUUCGAGGAUCUGCUUGAUCUGAAGCAACCCCUUCAAAUUGCUUCCUCAGCCUCAGCUUCCUCCAGUCUGGAAGGCAUAGAGUGUGAGAAAAUUAAGAACAUAUUAAGGAGUCUGGGAGCUUCAUCAGACAUCAGCGAAAGCAUAAAGAAGGAGGUGAAGGAGUUUUCUCCUGCACUUCUCAGUUCAGACACAGCAGCAAGCUUGGCAUUGCCAGCACUGAGUAACCCGAAUGUACGGCAAGCUCUGGAGUCUCUACAGUCUCUGAUUAAAGCGACAAAGGAGAAACGGACAAAAAGUGAUGGCACACCUCAGUCAUCAUGUGAUAAACAGAAGGCAGGAGACCCUGGGGAAAGGAAGAGAGAGAUACAAGCCACAAUCAGUAAAAUGGAAUCUAUGGCGAAACAGCUGCAGAAGUUGUUAAAACAGGAUGGAUUGGAUUUUCUCACUCCAGUGAUUGGGUUUUAUUGCCAGAAUUGUGAGGAGUUUAUUGGAGAUUUGAAUUCUGCUUUAAACCAUGCAGACAUCCACCACAAUAGCAACUCCAGCAGUCAAAACGUGCCGAUGGACAAGCAUACUAAAGACAGCAAAGGACACACGCAUCGUUGCAGCCCCAAGAGAAACCAACACCCACAGCCCUCAGACAGCAGAAAUCAGACGAGCUACAGUAACCAUGGAAAUUCAGGAGACCACCAGAACAGCAGAGACUUGCAAAAAAACUGGAGGCACGAGAGAGAUCACAAAAGCCAACAUCCCACUGAUGACCACAGAAGCCACAGGGCUGAACAGGACAUCUCCUUGAAAGACGAAAUGAAAAGGGAGAGGAUGCUUAUAACAGUGUCUCGCAGACUGACCCCUCCACCUUUAGACAUCAGGAUCAAGGGGGACAUGAGCAAGGAGGUAAACAAGGCGCAGGCCAUUGAAAGCCAUAGCAAAAAAAAAGCAGAAGAUGCAAACAGCAAGGGAAAAUCAUCUAAUGACAGCAGGGACAAAGACAGAAAGGAAAAGACUGAAAGCAGUGACAGUAGUGAUACAGAUCAGAGAAAAUCAUCUAAAUCAAAACAGCCAAAAAAAAAGAAGAAGAAAAAGAAGGAGAAAAAGAAGAAGAAGGGGAAGGCAGAUAAGUCCUAAGUGUUACUUGUCAUUUUUUGUACUAAAGUGAUCCCUGAAACGAUGUUAGCACCUUGUUGCUGCCCAAAUUUUUAAGUGCAAGUUUUAUCACUACGCUUCUCAAUAUACUGUUUUCUUUUCUCUUCCCAAUAAGUUCUCAUUGUUCUGAACAAAAGAGGGCGGUACUCCUAUGAGUGAUUCUCCAUCAUAUUUAAAGGAACCCUCUGAUGUGUUGGGGAGUGCAUUUGAUAGUUGGAAACUAUAGUCAAAAGAGGACAUAGGUGUCUCUUUUAUCUUCGUGCGUCUAGUAAAGGAAUAGAUUAAAGUUAGAACCAAUAUUUGCAGGUUUUGAGUCAUUGGAGGUCAUUUUCCUCUGCUGAUAAAGCUGCUCCUGGUGUUUGUGCCUAAUCCAGGUGAAAUGCAUUUUGGUCUGAUCCCUGAAGUAGACACACGGCGAUGAAACCAAUUUGAUUGUUCUCAUUCAACCAUUGGUAAGUAGCCACACAGGUGCAUGGUCCAUAAUGUGAGUGUGCUCCCCAUGUGACAGUGGUUCCCUAUUGAUUUUAACACAGCAAUAUGUCUGGCCUGCUUCAGUUAUAUAUGUAUACAUCCUGGCUUCACCUUUUUUGUUAAAUGUUUCAGCAAAGAAACUGAAUUGUCCUUGUCAACCCAUUUAUCCUUAUUGGUAGAAGUACCACCAGUCACAUAUUUCCAAAGGACCAACUGCAUUGUAGUGUCAGGAAUGUGAUAUGUGUAUUAGAAAUGGUAUUAUUGUUUACCUUUUUGUCUGAAAUACAAGAUGACACACACAUCUGUCUCCUGUGGUGACAUGUAAAUGAAAGGAAAAAAAUGUGUGCAUUCAAUAAAAUAUGUCUAAAGGUUAAAUCUUGUGUAUAUUUCAAGUGGUCAUGAGUUUUUUUGUCUCUUUGCAGCACAUGUACCUUAAUUACUAAAAACAAACAGUCAGAAUUGUGAGUGAUAGAAAUGAACCAGCUCUUCAGAGCAACUGGUACACGGUGUCUGAUAACAAGAACAGUGGCUGCUUUCUGUUCAUGUGUCUCAGGCAGUUAUGACAGGCAACUGUGGUUUUUCACUGCAGACAAUUUUGCAGGAAAAGCAGAGGUGUAAUGAUAAGAGUCAAAUGAUGGCAUUGCAUUCAGGUGAUCUAGUUCCAGGAACCCCUUGUUGUGCAUGCUGACUUCCCAGUAUGUUUUGUUGAGAGACAUAAUUAAACUGAAGUAUUGUUUAUGAAA